UCCCUUUUCCCUGGUCUGGAGAGAGUUGAGCUGGUCCCUCUAGGGAGCAACCUGAGGUUUGUGGGCUCCCCUGUCUCUGUCCCUGGAGGAAGGUGAUGCUGGUACCCACGGGGCUCCUGGCGCUGGUCCUGCUUUGGGUGCAGGCAGGAAUGACCUCGGGGAAAAUUGCAGACUCACAUACCAGACAGGAGGCAUCCUGCAUGGUGGCCUGCAAAGAGACAGCAGGGCCACAUCUCCCUGUGGGCACCAGAUACACCUACCGAUUCUCCAGCAACACCAGCACCAGCCUGAGGGGGGCGCCACUGGAGACAAGUGGCCUGGGCCUCCAGGGCUUGGCCAUCCUUGAAGUGCUAGGCCCAUGCCAGAUGACCUUAUGGCUUCCAGACUUCAAGGUGACCUCUGUUCUGGGGUCGAAGGUGAAGGUUUUGAAGGAGUCAGAGAGUUUGAGUGCUGUGCUGGGCCGCAAUCCUCUUGGCUUCAUCUUCAGUGCCGGGCAAGUGCUCCACUUGUGUCCCCACCGUUCUGAGCCACGCUGGGCCUUGAAUGUGAAGCGAUCAGUUCUGAGCCUUGUACAGAGCUGUCCAGGGGUCCAUGAAUCCAAGACAUUUGAGGAGGUAGACAUCCUGGGCCGGUGUCCCACCACAUACCAGAGCCAAGGAGAUCUGCUGCUCAAGACCAAGGACUUGUCGCUAUGCUCCCUGCACACAGCCCACUCCUCCCUGAACACUCAACCCCUGCCUGGGAUGGCCAGUCUAGCUUCCAGCUUCAGCUGUCAGCAGAGCUUCCAGGCUGGCGUACUGCACAAGGCUGCCUGUAAGGAGCUGCACACAGCCGGACCCCUGUUCCAGAAGGCCAGGGCUGCGCACACACUGGUGCUGUCCUCCAUUACACUGCUGAACAUGACAGCCCGGGACCCGGCCAUUACAGAGCCCUCUGACUUUAAGGGUCUUGCCAUCUCAGAUACAGACUACAAAGAUGUGAGUCCCAGCAGCCUGCAGUACGAAUGGGAGGAGACACUGUCCCAAGCUACAGUGGACAUGGCAGCUGCAUUAGUGAAGAAGCUGUGUGUGGCUCAACCCACCAGCUUCGAGGCCACAGAGAUAUUUCUGAUGCUGGUGUCUGAGCUCCAAGGCCUUUCCGUGGAUGAUUUGACUGCAGUCUGGCACCUUUCAUCUUUUAAAUGCCAUGAUGAUCGGCAUCCGCUGGUAGACACUUUGCCCUCCUGUGGCACCCAGAACUGUGUGGGCCUCAUGAAGCAGCUCAUCUUGGCUGGGGAGGUGGAGGCAGACCAGGCUGAGACAUGGCUGUGGUCACUGGCCUUCAUCCCAGAGCCCACAGAUGCCAUGGUGCAUACACUGCUGCCACUGUUGCAGUCUCCGGAAGCCAGCCCAGGUGCCUUCCUUGGCAUCUCAGCUCUGGUACACAACCUCUGUGCUGCUCUGGAUGGGCACUGCCAACAGCUACCUGGAGUCGGCUCCCUUGUGAAGAUUCUGGGAGAGGCUUUGGGUGUGAACUGCAGUUUCCCAGAGCCUGUGGAUGCUGGCCAGCUUCAGCUUGUGCUGAAGGCCAUCGGCAAUGCUGGUCUGGCAGCAGCGGCUCUGGCCCCUGUACUGAGCACCUGUGCAUCUCUGAGGGGCAGCUCUCCAGAGAUCCGGCUGGCGGCUAUCCAGGCUUUCCGGAGGAUCCCUUGCUUUGCAGAUAGGUCAGUGCUGUCUCGCUUGUACCAAGCUCCUGAGGAGGACACAGAGCUCCGUAUCAAUGCCUACCUGGCUCUGAUGAGGUGCCCCAGUGAGGAGGUGUUUGCCCAGGUGCAGCACACACAGGCAACUGAGCGGUCCACCCAGGUGGGCUCCUUUGUGUGGAGCCACAUCCUGCAGCUGCUGGAGACAGAUGAUCCCCUGAAACGUGACCUUCGGGACUCCCUCCCUGAGGACAUCCUCAGUCAGCAGUUCCAGGUGGAAACCUGGAAACACUCAUCUUACUCUGAUGUCACCUUCCACUCAACAUCUGGCAGCCUGGGAGGCAACCUGGAGAGGACCCUUCUCUUCUGCCCCAGAUCUUUUCUCCCUUGUUCUGCCACAGUAAACCUCACUGUCCAUGUUGCUGGCUGGGCCUUCAACUUGUUGGAGCUGGGACUCCAGCUGGAAAAUGCUGAAGAUAUCAUCCACAGUGUGCUGGGCAGCAAAUCCUUCUGGAGGCAGGAAGGGAAGAAAGAGGCUGAGCCAGGGAACACAGGACCAGAGCCAGGCCUGGACGGCUCUGACUGUGCGGGAGAAAGAUCCAGAAGGAUGAAGAACCUCCAGGAGAAGGUAGCCCACCGGUCUAGGGCAAGACAGACACCAAGCUGCCAGCUGAGUGUCAAAGUGUUUGGGCAUGAGCUGAGCUUCCUGGACUGCGGGCCUCUGGGGGGCCACAGAAGACGCUGGUCUCUGCCCCUGGUUGAACUCGCCAUCAAGCUUCUCAAGGGGCAGGAGGUACAGGUGACCCGGAGGCUGAGUCUGGCUGUAGGGGAACUCUCCUUUCCUACCAUGUCUGGCAUUCCAGCCAGGCUCACUCUACAUGCCUUGGCUACAGUCAGCAUCCAUGCCCAAGCAGUGGCUGACUUCCAGCAACUCUCAGAUUUCUCCCUGAGUGGUCACAUCAAGCCCAGUGCCCUCCUUCAGGUCUCUGCUCAAAUGGGCACUGAAGGGACCCUGGGGCAGGCUGGGCUGAGAUGGUUGACCCGUGUCCGUGGCACCGCCAGCCUAGAUGGUGGGAUCCAAGCUAGGAAGGGUCAGGACCUCAAAGUGCAUCUGAAUGCCCCAGAGGACUCGGUGGAGCUGCUCAGUUUCAGCUCCAGGCUGUAUCUUGUCACUGGGGACAGUGUGAAGAACCUAAGUGAAGGUCACAGCUUCUCUGAGUCCCAGUCCUGUACCCAGGAGAAAGUGUCCCAAGCCUGGGGUUGGCAGCUGUGUACUAAUGUGGCCUGGCCAGGGCCUGGUCAGCCCUCCCUGCUCUCAGCACCCGUGUUCAUGGAUUUGAUUCUGAAGAAGCAAGACCCGGGACUGCAGCUGUACCUGUUGGAAGCUGCCUACACCCUCCAUUUCCAGAAGGACAGCUGGCUCCCUGAAGAAGCCACAGCCCACCUCUUCAUGGGUACACCCCAGUCAGAAGUGGCCAGGGACGUUGGGGUGGACAUCAGCUACAGUGUGCCCCAGAGGAAGUGCCGGCUCAAGCUGCUGCACCCCCAAAAGAAAAUUCAGCUGGACGGUAAGAUGGAGGUUCUCAAGAGCAUGCACAUGGGCCAUCUGGAGCUGGUACUUGACGACAGGGAUGUCUAUUACAUCAAGGGCCACAGUGACCUGCAACCAGAGUCAGGCAACAAGACCCAACGGUUUGAGGCUCAGGUGGAGGCAAAGCUGGUAACAGCAGGCAGACCUAUAGUCCUUGAUGGAAACAUCACAUGGCAGACAGGCAGCAGUCUGUCCAUCUCUGCAUCUCUGAGGCGCACGCUGAAUGACUGGGCUCAUGGAACAGUGUUGCUGGAGAAGAAGGCCGAGGCUGGGCUGCAGUCUGCCGUUCUGAGCAUUCAGCUGCAGGUCCCUGGUGUGGUAGAGCUCCACAUACAGGGCCUGCUGGAGCAGCAUGGCCCUGUGGGAAACAGCACCCUGAGGAUCAAGUACGGCCUCCUGGGUCACAAGAGGCAUGUCGCCCACGAGUGCAGUACCCACCAGAGGCUGAGGAUGGAGAAUGGCCCCAAGGACACCCAUGAGUUGGAGCUGGCCCACGAGUUCCACUGCACACAGCUCCCAAUCAUCAGUCACAAGGUCCAGCUACAGCACAAACAAGGCCUGGACCACCUACGCUGGCAGCUGGAGGCCAGCUACGGGGAGCAGUGGGCUGCGAGUAGCAACAAGAGAUUCUUGCGCAUCAGACAGACCUUCAAGAAUGACUCAGGACCAGCCCUCCGUAAUUACUUCCUGGAGCUUGCACUGCAGGUCCCAGAGAGGCAAGUGGAUUGCCUCACACAGCUGUACCACUUGAGCCUCCGGCAGCCCCAUAUCAAAAGCAGCACAUACCUGAAGGUGCUGUUCAAUGGGCAGCUUCCCUUUGUGGCAGGCUUGCACUGGAAGGACACAUCCAAGGCCGCCCUCUGGAGAUGGGAAGGAGCCUUGAACUUGGACAGCCCAUGGCUCACAGUGUCUGCAGCUCACAGGCUCAACUGGCCACACUGGGCUAUGUUCCAGGCUGUCUCGGAGCUGACACUAGCCAAGGCCUGGACUCUCAAGGAUUUGGUGAUCAGCAUGACCUGCAGGAGCCAGGACCAUGACAGGGAAGUCAAGAUCCAGGUGUACACCGAAGCCACCACCUAUCUCUGGGUUUCCAUGGUGACAACCUUGAUGCCAGGCCUCUUCCACAGCAGGAGUGAGCUUGAGUCAGCCUGGAGUACAGCUGUGCAGAGUGAGAUUCAUGCGGAGAACAGCCAGGACAGGAAGGUCCUGCACUGCUGGCUGAAGAGUCUCCGACGGGAGCUGAACUUCACAGCAGCCUACAAGCAUACAAAGAAGCCCCCAAAGACCCAGGUGCUGCUGACAGUCCUGGGGACUAGUGUCCCGGGCCAGCCUCGAGGCCUGCAGCUGGAGGGAGAGCUAGAGCAGCUGCAGCGAGGCAAGACUUUGUACCGGAAGCGGGGAACAUUGCUCCUCAGGCACCCCUGGCACCUCCUGGUCCCUCAGAGCCUCCUCUUGCAGGGGACCUUCAUGGUGGACAAACAGCGCCAGCAUCACUCCCUGGAGACCAAGGCUGUCCUGAAUAGCCAGGAGGAGAUCCUACACACUGUGGUGCUGAGCCGCCAGGCUGGACACCCCUAUAUCUGCACAGGCCUGACCCAUCCCUUCAAUGAUAAGACUAUCCCCAGGAGCCUGGAGGGGUGCCUGGUGGCUUGGAAUCUGAGCAAUUCUAAGAACAGUGAGCUCAAGGCUACAUUAAAAGUCAACCAGAAAGUCAUUCUGUAUCUAAAGGGUUUACACCAGGACAGCUCUCAGCAUGGAGGGAUCCAGCACAGUGUGGCUUUGGAGGCCACCCAUUCCUCCCAGACCCUCCACUUGAAUGGUGGCUUUGACCUCACAAGGCGUCGUCGACAAGGAACAUUUGACUUCAGUACAGAUGUACAAGCUUCUAUCAACCACAACGCCACAUCCCAGGUCUCGGUCCAGCUGAACAAAUCAAGCUCCCACUUGGCAUUUUCCUUGCAGUUCCAACCUCUAGACGGCCUUGCCUUCCCACCCAGCUUACAGGUGCAGGCUGCCACAGGAUGUCACAAGGAGCACAGAGUGGACGUGUCACUGUCUGUGCAUGUGUCUGGCCGUGAGCUGCUUCUGCUAGAGGUGGACACUAGCAAGCAACGUAGGAGGAGCCGCCGGGGCUGGAACAUGAGGGCCUCCCUCCACCAGGCUGUCUUCAGCACCCCCAGAGCCCUUCAGCUACAGUUGUCCUCCAUGGUCACCCCAGCAAGGGUACAGAUGUUUUCCAAGGUGCUGGUGGACCAGGACUCAGCACAGCUGCUCCUCAAAACAUCUGAGGGGAGACGGGGAGGCUGGGUCCUCAGCCUGUGGAGCCUUGCCCAACACUCGGUGGCUGGCUGGACAAAAGUGCCCCGUGUCCUUAGCCUCAAGAGUAUGCUAAAGCAGAAGAUGGCGUUCAGAGAAGGUUCUGUUAUGGUGGCCACUGACUCAGCCAUGCUGAGCUUCCUCCUGCGGGAUAAGUAUGAGGAGACAGGGAAUGGCAGUCUGCACAGCAUGACCUGCACCAUCACUCAGAAUUACAGCCAGGCCUUGCCGGCAGAGCUCCAGCUGAGAGGGCGGCAGCAGACCUACACUGGAGCCCUUGGGGGCCAGGCCAGCAUCCAUGGUGACUUGAUCAGCCUGGCCCUGGAUGGGACCUGCACCUGGGAUCUUGGGCAUCAUCAGCUUUCAGACAACCUGACUCACAACUUGGGCCCAUUGGGUGAUGCAGGACCAGCCUCCAAUUCUGGGUUGCAAGUGCCCAGUGCCCAGGAAUCCUCCAACCGCUCAGCACAGAUGGAAUUGUGGAGUGCAAACUGUCACCUCAAUGCCAGUCUUGACCCCUCAAGCCCCACCAUUCCCAGCCACAGACACAGGGCUGUCCCCUUCUCCAUAUAUGGCCAUGGGCACAUUCAGGUCUCCUGCAAUGGAGACACCUUGCCUGCUAAGCUGUUGGAUCUGUGCCAGGGGAACAUUGAAGAGUGGCCUCUCCAGGUCUCUGUGGACAUUCGUGAUGGUGCCGCCAGCUUUGAGCACUCCACAUAUAUUUCAACAGGCCCUCUAUCCAUCAACUGCUCUGUAAACUACUGGGCCCAUGAGGGCCGUCUGGAGCUAUGGGGCCACAGCCAGCACGACAGUGAGGUCCUGUUGAAGGCCGGGCUCCCGGAUGAGGCCAACCUGCAAGCUGAACUACAGAUACAGGAGACCCAGACUUGGGCCCAUGUGGUCCUCCAUGGCAGGAACAGCAAGGUGAGUGUGGAUGUGACAGCCCUGCUGACUUGGCUGCCAAAUGGCACACUGGAGGCGACAGUGAAUACCAGCCACACGGUGCAUGCUUUCCAGAGACUGGGCCUGCCCUUCAGCAGCCAGUUACUAUUCCGAGAACUCUGGACCACGGAAGACAUGAGUUCCUCCCUGCAAAUCACUUGCGACACCCAAGAUAUUCUGUCCCUCCAUGUCCACGGCCAGAACCAUGCCAACAGCAAAGAGCUGCUGCUGUGGGGUGGACACCACCUCUCCUCCCUCCUGGACUGCUGUCCCCGCUCAGUCUCUGCCACAGCCAAGCUCCAGUACUCCAAGGAUGAGACCCAAGGCACCUUUGUACUAGAGAUGGAAGAGCGCCGCUUCCAUGUCAGUACCAGCCUACUGGCUGCUAAGGACGACCUCGCCAGUGUCAUCCUGCUGCAACAGACUUUCCUGCAGCUCAGCACCUUUCCCACAGAGCUGGCCCUGAGGACCUUGUUCCAGAGAACACAAGGCACCCACAUCCUGUACCACGUGGUGCAGUGGGAUGGCAGGGAGGCGGCCCUCAAUGGGAGCCUCUCCAGCGCCCUCUCAGAGCUCUCGGGGAAUGUCCGUCUUCAGGUGGAGCUCUCCCACCAGCUGUCUCUGUCCCUGCCACACCACUGCAGCCUCCACCUGUCCUCAGAGCAUUCUAGAGACAACCACCAUGGUGACCUGGCUGUGGCCUGGGACAAUAAAGACCAGGUUCAGCAAUCAAGGGACAGAAGCUCACCUGUGACUCUGGAGGUCACCUGGGCUGAGAGGUCCUCUAUGAACAGUGUAGCCUGGGAUGGCUGCCUAGCUGCCUCCCUAGGUCAGCUCCAGGGAACCUGGGGCCUGGGCCCUCUGCAGGCUUGUGGGGCCCUGACUCAGACCCCAGUCAUGUUCAGUGAGCAGCUUGAUCUCUCCUGGGGCCGACACCGGCUGCAGCAGAAUGUGACAUAUGAGAAGCGUCAGCUGCCCCAGUGGGACAAGGUCCACGCAGAGGUCACACUAGAGCACAUCCUCUCGGCCCCUUGUGCCAAGCACAGCUUCCAAGGGACAGUGGAAACAGACUACAUGCACAAGUUACGUCACACCCUCCACCUGGGGCUUUGCAACUUGCCCAGGGCCCUCUCAUUCUCUGGGGAGCACAGUCUGGAUCAGGGUGCUCUCCUGCUGCGUUCUCAAUACCAUCUGGGUCUUGCUCCAGAACCUGACCAGGGCCUGCACUUUAGCCUCACCCUCUACAACCACAGCCGACCUAAUGCACCGGACUUCUCUGGGCAGCUGGAGCUCCAAGGGCCCAGGGCUCAGCAGCUCCUCCUGUUGGGCCGCAUCACUACCUCAGCUUCCCAAAGCCUGGUCCAGCUGGAGGGUAGCAUGGAUAAGGAUGAGACACUAAGGCUGUUGGUGUCCUGGGCCCUGAGCUGUCUUCGGGCUUCUGCUGCCCAUGUGGAAGCUCCAGGGAGCAGAGAAGAGAGUGUGAUGCUACAGGCAUGCACCCACAGGAGAGCCGUGGAGGUGGAGGCCCUGCUCCAGAAGAGUGGGCAGCAUGCCCAGCCACUGGGACACCUGACCCUGCGGGCAGUCAACCAGAGCCUCCUCCUAGUUGCGCAUGGCUGUCAUGGUGCCCUGCUGAGUUACAUGGAGUCCAGGAUGACAGCCAUUGGCUCCCAGGUACGAGCCCAGCUGGAAGAGAAGACCCAAAGCCUAGAUGACUAUGUGAGCAGGUUCCGGAACCUGGUACAGCCGGUGGGUACUCUGGAUGGAGCAGCAGAGUGCCUGGUGCAGUUGACCCAGGUGGGGCUAGGCGCUGUUCAGGCAGGUGGCCAGGUGGUAGCCACCUUGUGGGCCCGAGGUCAGGCCAAGCACGUGCUGACUGGCCACCUGCCUCUCUACCUGGAGCAUCUGCAGGCAGAGAUGGCGCAGCUGCAGAAUGAGCUGGAGCAGCCCCUGGCCACGCUGAAGGAGGCCUACUUGGAGGUGAUGCUGAGGCCCCUGGAUGAGGUGUGGCGAGAGCGGGCUGAGGAGGCCAGGCAGUGGGUGCAGGCCUGGCUGCUCCGGCUGCCAGGAAGUUGGAGGCCCAUCCAGGCGUUCCUGGGAGCCAUGAUGGGUGCCCUGGAGCUGGCGACCUACCAUACACUGUCCUGGGCUGAGGCUGAGGUCUCCUGGACCCUGAGGCAGCUCUACAAACCCUUACGGAGCAUGUACAGUUACUCAGCCAGGAACCGUUCUGUGAUGGUAAGGCUACCACUUCUGCUGGUGGGAGACGAGCCCCUGGAUGUGGCCCAGGUGGUCAGUUACCUGGUGGAGGAGAAACUCCUGCGGCCACUCCGCAGGCUGUAUGAGGCUAACAUGCUGGCUGAGUUCUAUGGGUUCCAGCGGCGUCUACUGAGGAGCCCCUUCAAGCAAUACGCCGUGGUGGUGGGCACCAGAUACCUGGUGACCUUUGAUGGGCAGGUGUGGGGCCUGGGUCCCUGCUGUGGCAGCUUCCUGCUAGCCAAGGACUUCACUCACCAAACAUUCUCUCUGAUGCUGAGCCGCACAAGCUCAGGCUUCACGGCCCUUCAUGUGGAGCUGAACCACACAACCCUCGUUCUGUAUCCUAGCCUAAAGGCUUACAAGCAGUACGACACUGCCUGGCCUCAGGACAGCUGCUGGGAUUUAGACCCACCUCCUGCUAUGUUGAGCACUGGACCCAAGGUUGAGCUGCGCAGCGAGGAUGGUGUGUCUGUCUUCUGUGAUGUGCCAGCAGGCCUCUGCAGCCUGACGCUGAGCCUGUGGCACCAUGGUGUAUCUGCUGGCCUUCUGGGUACCAACAAUAAUGAGGCAGAUGAUGAGUUAAUGCUACCAGAUGGCACGGAAGCUGCCAGUCUGGAGGAGCUCACCCGGGCCUGGCAGGUGGGUGAGAACUGUGGUGCUGUAGAGAGGAUGCAGCAGCCAUGCUCAGGACACAGAACCACCUGCCAGGCCUUCUUCCAAGAACCCCGCUCCAGUCUGGGGAACUGCUUCCAGGUGGUGGACCCUGCUCCAUUCCUCAGUCUGUGUGUCCAGGAUACUUGUGAUCCCAUGGAGUUGCAAUCUGCCUGCCACCUGGCAGCUGCCUACAUCUACCUGUGUGCCCAGGACUCUGUGCCCUUGGCCCUUCCUCUGCAGUGUGUUUGAGAUUUUGCCUAAGUCAACACAAGGCCACCAAAGAUGUCAAGCUCUUUGCCUUCUAUCCCGAUCCUAGUUCCUGGGAGAGGUCAAGGUUCAUGGCUGGAAGGGGACCACCAGUGCAGAAUGCUAGCAACCCAAGACAAAAACAUCACUUGCUCUAAGAGCAGAAAAGAAGAGCUGAGGCCUAAUCCCACUCUAGUGUCCCUGGGGGUGAGGGACUCCCAACUGGUCCUGGGAAUUCAUUUUGCAACUCCACUGGACAGCGUCCAGGCCAAGGCACACACCUCUGGGAAGAAACACCAGCACCAACACUUGUGCAAGAUAUUGCUUCACUCUCCCAGAAACUGAUUCUGCAACCUGAGCUUUGGGAUGGCAAUGACCUGGAGGACACAAGGCUGCCUGGUACAGGCUCCCCCUGCCGCUCUGGGGAUCUCAGAAGGUAUGAACUUCCUGGAGGGGACCCAUGGUCUCAAGACUGGUUAGGGAGCUUCAUUCUCUAGGAUGGACAUACAAGAUGCUUCCAGGGCAUGGAGAGAAGGUUCCUUUUCAAAGGACAUGUGACAUAAAUAUGUGGGGGCUUGGGCCACUAGGCAUCAGGGGUUUUGUUUAUUUCUCUUGGGGAAUAGUCUUUUUAAAGUUUUCAACUGCAAAAUAAUGCUGUCAGAAUUCA